AAGGGGCAGAAGUGGAACUGAAAGUGGGCUGGCUCCCAGACCCUGCCCUACCUCCCCAAGCUUCACGUGCGGGGACCGGUGCUGUCCUCUGGACUUGGGCUUGGUGGGGAGGAGGCGGAGUGAGUGUGGUCUGGGGAGACUCACAUCUGCUUUGAACAGUCCCAGGACCUGCUGCUCUCAUGUCACCCUUCAGGGAGAGCAGAGCGAGGCCCUGGGGGGGCUCUCCUCCUUCCUGUGAGGCCAUCCAUCCGGGACACGUGACCAGCAACAAGGGGCCUGGGCUGGGUCACACCCUGUGCAUCUGUCCGUCCAUCACACUCUGAGGACUUUAUAAGCUGUCUGCACGGCUGAGGACCAUGGGAGGCAGCGCUGGGACCCUGACCCCCACUGCCCUUCUCUACCUUGGGCUGUGUCAGGGCCUGUGGGACCAGGCACGGACAGGGACCCUCCCCAAACCCUCCAUCUGGGCUGAUCCUGGCCCCAUGGUCACCAAGGGGAGCCCUCUGACCAUCUGGUGUCAGGCGUCUCUGCAGGCUGAUGUCUACUAUCUGUAUAAAGAGAGUGUCCAUGGAUCCUGGCCCAUGAAGACCCCACAGGAUUCCAGCAACAGGGCCAGUGUCUCCUUUGCAUCCAUAAGCUCACACAAUUCAGGGAAAUACCAGUGUGCAUAUCAGAGAGGGAAGAGCUGGUCACAGGGGAGUGACCUCCUGACCCUGGUGGUGACAGGAGUGUAUGAUGCACCCUCCUUCUCAGCCAACCCAACCCUUGUGGUGGCCUCGGGAGGGAAUGUGUCCCUCUCCUGUAGCUCACCGUGGCCACGGGGGUCAUUCCAUCUGCUGAAGGAGGGGGGAGCUGAUGUGCCCCAAUACCUGGAAUUGACGUUCCGUCGGAAGCGGUACCAGGCAGUCUUCCUUGUGGGCCCUGUGAACACCUCCCAUGGGGGGACCUACAGAUGCUACAUUUCUCCCGAAUCGUACCCAUAUUUGUGGUCACAGCCCAGUAACCCUCUGCACCUUCAGGUCACAGGUGUCUACAGGGAGCCCUCCCUCUCGGCCCAGCCGGGCCCCCUGGUGCAGUCUGGAGACAGCCUGAGCCUCCUGUGUCGCUCAGAGACUGGCUUUGACAGAUUCGCUCUGACCAAGGAUGAGGAGCUCAGAGCUCCCCAGUGUCUAGACGGGCAACCCAGCCCCAACUUCACCCUGGGCCCUGUGAGCCGCUCCCACGGGGGCCGAUACAGAUGCUACUGUGGACACAAGCUCUCCUCCACGUGGUCGGCACCCAGUGCCCCUCUGGACGUCCUGAUCACAGGAAUGUAUGAGAAACCGACCCUCUCAGCCCAGCCAGGGCCUUCAGUGUCCUGGGGAGAGAACGUGACUCUGCAGUGUCGCUCUGAGGUCUGGUUUGAUAGCUUCCACCUGUCCAAGGAGGGGUCCCUGGCUCCUCCCCAGGUCCUUCAUCUGCAGGACACAGCGAUACCUAACCAGGUCAAGUUCACCCUGAGUCCUGUGACCUCAGACCACGAGGGGACCUACAGGUGCUACAGCUCACACAGCAACUCUCCCUACCUGUUGUCACAGCCCAGUGACCCCCUGGAGCUCCUGGUCUCAGGUCCCCACUGGUACCUGUACGUCCUCAUCGGGGUCUCGGUGGCCUUCGUCCUGCUGCUCGGCCUCCUCGGCCUCCUCCUGGUCCGACACCGGCGUCGGGGCAGAGGCAGGAAGCCAGGCCCGGUCCGGCCGCCACUGCCCAGGAGGAGUCCUUGUGGGAUCUUGGCAAGAGAGGGGGCCACCUUGUUUUGUCCCCACCAGAUGCUGUCAUGGAAGACACACUGCCUGAGGAAGACAGACAGCUGGACAGCCAGCCUUGACCUCGCCCAGCACGAUUCCCAUGGCCAACUACCCACGUGCCCGCUCCGUGUCUACACCACAGGCAUUUCCAAUUCACAUCCCUCCUCCCCAGUUCCAGGCUGCGGGAUCUGAAGACCCUCAAGAUGUGACCUAUGCCCAGCUGAACUACUUGACCCUCACACAGGUGACAGGUGCACCCCCUUCCUCCCAACCAGGGGAGCCCCCAGAUGAGCCCAAUGCGUAUGCUUCUCUGGCCAUCCGCUAGCCCAGGAAGGACCCAGACGGCCACUCCAAGGGUCUGCAAGGCUCCCUGCAGGGAUCCUGGAAGGCACAAUAGCUGCCCACAGUGGGUGCUACCUAAGGAGCCUGGAGGCAGGACAAAGACCAGCAGCAACUCCUGGGACCUUGUGGAAGUUGAUUGCUUCCUGAAUUCCCAUCAUGGCACAGCUGAUCUUACUGUGCCUAGGAGGAUCCCUGAGAAACGCCAAGACCUUUAAUUACCUAGUGGCAACCUUGUGGUGUCAGGGGGAACCCAGCACUAAGCUGCAAGAACUGGGGACCUUCUGGAGGCUUUGCAGUACCGGCUGCCAUCACACUGAAGCUGGGCACUUUCAACUGACCUCAGAGCCCAAGGCCUCAAAAGAUCACUCAUGAGCAAUGCUGCAGCCCGAGGGGUUGCUCAAUGCCAGGGCUUCCGGUUUCAUUGAGACCAAGCCCCUUCCUCUGCCAGGUGCAGCUCUCAACAAGGCAGAGAAAAGGGAAGCUGCUCUCCCUCCUGACCUUGUGUUCAGAAACUCCAGAUGCAGGGGGAGGGGAGCAGGGUGCCUCAGCUGCCCCUUUCCCAUCACACCAGUAAGCUUUAAACCAGCUUGUCCUUCCUGUUCAGUGCUCCCCAGCAAACCCCAAUUCAACUAGUCCAUCCUCACCGGCAACCCAAGGUUCAGCAUUCAGCUCCUGCCAACCUUAACCCUGACUUCUUUUUGCCAGGGUCAAGGUUCAAAGGGCUAGGGACACUGGGCUGACCCUCCAUUUGCUACUUCCUCUGCCUGGAAAGGAAUCUCUCCACCCCCAUGCCAACAGCUGGCUUGAGAACUUC